AUAAAAGGAUCAGUCAGUCAGUUCCAAUUUGAAGUUUAGUUAUGCUGUACCGGUCCAUAAUUGCCUUUGCCCUGAUAUCAAAAUGGGGAUCAUGCUAUGAAGUCAGCAACUUAACUUUUCCGAGCUCAUUUCUUUUCGGGGCUGCAACGUCUGCAUACCAGAUCGAAGGGGCAUGGAACGAAUCUGGCAAAGGCGUAAGCAGAUGGGAUUACAUAACACAUUCCACACAAAUAGUGGUUGAUGGGAGCAAUGGUGACGUUGCUUGCGACUCCUAUCACAAAUACGAAGAUGAUAUUGCCAUUCUAAAGGAGUUGGGUGUGGACUAUUAUAGAUUUUCCAUAGCGUGGACGAGGAUUCUACCUUCUGGUUUGACUAAUGAAAUUAAUCAAGAUGGUGUGGAUUAUUAUAACAGCCUGAUCGAUGGCCUAGUCGAGGCUGGGAUACAACCCUGGGUAACCAUGUACCACUGGGACGUCCCACAGGCAUUGAAUUACAUUGGGGAUUUUAGUAACCCCACUUUUGUCGAUUAUGUGACCGAUUAUGCAGAUCUACUGUUUUCAUUAUUUGGAGACAGAGUAAAGACUUGGAUUACUUUUAACGAACCUAUAACAUUUUGUGCGCAUUUUCCAAUUGCAUCUGCGGCGCUUGGUGUUCUUUUGCCAGUUGGAGUUUCAGAAUAUCUCUGUUCGCAUAACGUUCUUAGGGCUCACGCCAGAAUCUAUCGUUUGUAUCAGCUAAAAUACAAAUACAGCCAAGGGGGUAGAAUAAGCAUUUCAUUGAGUACAGAAUAUGCAGAACCAGCGUCUGAUUCACCAGCUGACAUUGAGGCAGCUCACAGAAAACUUCUUUUUGAUUUUGGUUGGUAUGCAUAUCCUUUGGUUUAUGGAAAUUAUCCUAGGGUGAUGAUAGACACUGUUAGGAAUCUCAGUUCAAUACAAGGUUAUCCCGUUUCGCGUUUGCCGAUCUUCACACUUACAGAACGUUUGAUGCUCAGAGGGGCGUACGAUUUCAUUGCUUUAAAUCACUAUACUACUUCAUUGACUGCUGAUGCCAGUUCAGAAAUUAAAGAAGCUAGUUUUAUGAACGACGCUUUAGUUGAACAGUAUAAGGAUCCAACAUGGGGGAACUCUUCUGCGAGUUGGUUGACAGUUUAUCCAGAAGGAUUUAGAAAGUUAUUAGUGCACAUAAAGGAAACUUAUAAUGACCCAGAAAUUGUUGUCACUGAAAAUGGAUUUGCAGAUGAACCAGACGAAUUUAAUGAUUUGGGAAGGAUCAGUUAUAUCCAAUCUUAUUUAAGCGAGUUGCUGAAAGCAGUUCACGAAGACGGAGUGAAGGUAACUGCAUACACAGCAUGGAGUCUGAUGGAUAAUUUUGAGUGGUACAAUGGAUUUACGGUCCGAUUUGGAUUGUACCAUGUGGACUUUGACAGCUCGAACAAAACUAGAACUCCGAAAGAUUCAGCCUCAUAUUACAGAAACGUCAUUGAAACUAGAUGCCUAGUCGAUGUGUGUGGGGAAUAACAUUUGGACAUUUGCUUUUUUUAUUCUAUAUAUGAAAAUGUUGAUAAACCUUUAGCCAUCAGAAAUGUUUAUCUUCAAUUUUCUGGAUUUUAUUUGUUUAAAUUGUACAUAUAAUAAAAUACAUUCUUGAUCUUCACCAUAUUAUAA